UACCGAUUAUCAAAUUUUCAAAAGGGUAGUGAAUAAGUAAUUUUAAAGCAAAUAAUCUGAAAUACAUCUUUAGGUAUCAUUUAAGUUAUUAUUAAGCUGAAUAACUUAAUUAAUUUUAUUUAAAUCUAUUUAUUAAUAUUUCUUACUGUAAAAAAUCUACAAAAUGAUAAAUUUAAAACAGUUUUCCAAAGUUGUUCCCAGUACAACGCUUCAUUUACGUCAUACAAGUCUGUUACGUGAUAAAUGUUUUAAAUAUAGAUUUCUUCAUUUGAAUGCCAAAAAUCAAGGAAAAUCCCAUGUUGGUAAAUACACUAUUGGUUCACUCAUUUUUGGAUUUAGUGCUGUAGUGGCUUAUGCAAAGUACGAUAAUAAUUUCAGGCAAUGGUUAAAGAUAAAUGUACCUGGUUCAGAUGAUAUAUUAAAAUUAAUUUUGCUGGAAAAAAAAUCUCCAAAUGAUUAUAUUGAUAAUGUAAUACAAAUAUUUAUGAAACCUGAAAAAGCUUUAUCUUCUGUUGAAAAAGUUCAGAAAUUAAAAGUUUUACCUUCACAAAAUAUAAAAAAUACAAGUUCAACAAUAGAAAACUCACAAGGAAUAAAACAAAAUAUUUUGGAGAAAGAAAGUGAUUUCAUAGAUGGUAAUCAAACUAAAUCAUCAAGCAAACAAUCAGCUGGUAUUGAUGAAAUAGAAAAUGAAGCGUCAAUUUUGAUAAAAAAAGUCACCGAGUCUUACUCAAAAGCAUUUUAUGCACUAAAAGAAUACUAUGAAUUAGCUAAUACUACGUUAAAUAAUGUUUCACAAACUAAUGAUUCUUGCUGGGAAACUUUAAAACAAACAAGUAAAGAAAAAGAUAAUUUGUAUGAAGCAGCUAAAGAAAAUUUAAGAUAUGCCAGCAUUCAUUUAGAAAAUUUAGUUCAAAGAAUAAAUAAUUCUGAUUUAAAAUUACCAGACGAAGAAAAAGUUGCCAUAAAAGAAAAUAUCAUAAAGAAAAAAUUUAAUUUAAAAACCAUAGAAACAGAAUUUGAAGUCGAAAGGAAUAAUUUAUUACUAUUUAGUAAAUAUCAUGAUCAAGUCAUAAAAACUAGAAGGCAAUUUUCAGAUGAACUAGAGGGAAUGUUUCCACACAUUAGACUUGGUGAAAAAGAUAUGAAACUAUCAAAUUCGGAGUAUGAAUUAUUUAUGAAAUAUGUUAUUCAAAAAUUAUUAUUUUUGCAAAGAGAACUAUUUAAAGAAGAAACUGUUGUCGAUGAUCAAGUAAAAAAUGCUAUUGAUGGAUUAAUAAAAGAAGACCCAGAUGCUCUAAAUUAUGUGUUAAAGAUCAAAGUUCAAAAAACUCAUAGAAAACUUUUAGAGAAAUUUAUUAAUGAUAGUUUUGAAAUACAAUCAGAUUGUGAUGGAAAACUGAGACAACAGUUAAAAUUAAAAGCUGAGAUACAUUUGGACCAUUUGAAAGAAGCAGCAAAUUUAGCUGAAAGAGAAGUUGACAGACGUUUACGAUUAGAAUAUUCCGAAAAAGCUGAAAUAGAAAGACUUAAGUAUCAAGAACAAGUUAUCAGUACAAUAACUGUAUUGCAUGCCAUUGAUGACGCUCUUAAAGACCAUUCUAAAAAAGAAGAGAAGUUAAAUGAGUCAAUUUCCUUGUGGACAGCUUGUAAAUCGCUAUUUGAAGUUAUAACUACAGAUCAAAAUGUGUCAAAGCAUGAGUUAAAACCUCUGUUACAAUAUAUAAAAAACAUAAAAAACGCUGGACAAAACCACAAGAUAGUAAAUCAAUUAUUAGAAACCAUACCAAAUGAAGUAUUAACUCGUGGUGUUUAUACUGAAGAAACAUUAAAAGAUAGAUUUUAUAGUGUUGAAGAUAAAGCAUAUCAUAAUGCUCUGAUUCCUGAAAAAAACUUAAAUGUUAUUGAUAUGUUUACAUCAUUUGUGUUUAGCUCUUUAAUAUUUAAAUCAGUUAAAAUUUCCGAAGAUGAAUUAAAUAAUUCACCCAUUAACAUAAAUGAUUUAAAUAAUAUUGAAAUCCUUCAACGAGCAAGGUAUUGGGUGGAACGAGACAACUUUAUUCAAGCUUUAAAGUACAUGAAUUUUCUGAAAGGUGGUGCAAAAGUUAUAGCUGAUGAAUGGAUGAAAGAAACUCGUACUUAUCUUGAAACGCAACAAGCAGCAGACACCUUAUUGGCUUAUGCUUCAUCAAAGCUUCACUCACAUAUCGUUGUGAAAAAUUGAAAAUAAAUAAUUUUGAUUUUGAUGUGUUAAAACUGUAUAUUAUUUAUUUAAUAUUUGUAAAGUAUUGUUAUUAGUUUUCAACCUAAUUGUCAGCAUCAUAAAUUAUAUUUAUAUCUGAUAAAACAAUUAUGAUUUAUACUAUGUAGAUACUGAAAUCUAACAGUUGAAUAUUUUUGAGAUAAAUUUUCAUCUUAAAUA